UUAUGAUGAAAAUGUUGGUGCAGAUUGUGUUUGCUUCUCUCAUGGUUAUCUCUUUUCUAACACCAGGCUAUCACGGUGUGGAGAUAAUUGGUGGCAAUGAUGUUAAACCUCAUUCAAGAUGUUACAUGGCAUCCAUUCAGAUUUUCAACAAUCGGAAAAAAGCUUAUGCCCAUCAAUGUGGAGGAACUUUGAUCGAUCGCAACUGGGUCCUGACGGCAGCACACUGCAAUCUAGAAUUUGGUAAGAAUAAAAUCCAGGUGGUUGUUGGAGCACAUUCAUUGAAAAUAAAUGAAACAACCAAACAAAUACUUGCAGUUCAGGACAAAUUCCCCUAUCCGUGUUUCGACAAAUCAACUGGAGAAAAUGAUAUCAUGCUACUAAAGCUGGGACAGGGAGCAAAGCUGAACAAGUAUGUAACUUUGCUCAAGCUUCCUAAUGGUAAGGAUGUGAAAAGUGGAACUUCCUGCACGGUGGCAGGAUGGGGAAUAACAAGUGCGCAGUCUAAAGACCCAUCUGACACCCUUAAGGAAGUAAAGAUAACUGUAAUAGACCGCAGUGUGUGCAACCGAAAGGAUUAUUACAACCUGAAACCUGUAAUAACAACAAACAUGAUCUGUGCUGGUGACAAGAAAGGGAAAAGCGAUUCAUGUGUGGGAGAUUCCGGUGGACCUUUAAUAUGCAAGAAAAAGUUCAGCGGGAUUGUGUCGUUCGGUUUUAAAUGUGCAGAUCCGAAAAAACCUGGCAUUUACACUCGUAUAACAGAGGACUACCUUAAGUGGAUAAAGAAAACAGUUGCUGGUGUGGAAACCUACAAUACAGAGCCUGAAAUAUUGUACUGAAUGCUUGUCACAGGGCCACUGUCUCUGUCCUGAAAUUGCUGACCAAGUAGCUUGGCUCAGACUGCACGCUUCCAACCAUAUCCCAAGUAUACUGCUUAAUCAUUAUAAAAUGAAAAUAAAAGCUUAUAACUUUCUUUU